UAGCUGUGAGCCUGUGAGGCUUUGCCGGAAAAGGAUGGUGAAGAUUGAGGCUUUCAGGAUCGGGGAUCUAACCGGAGGUGGCACUCUGAAGUCUGAAUGAACCCCCAGACUUGGCGUCCGUACUGAUUAGCUUCAUCCAAUUUCAUCGCCGUUAAUGCUGAGGGUUAUAGCCCUUUGAGCUUCUUCAAAAUAUCAGAAGCAGUUCUCCCUUACAUAGGACCACUAGCAGAAAGAAGAGUUCAAAAGAAAGACAUGGAAGAUAAAACUUGCUAUCCUCUCCCUGCUGACAAUGAUGAAACUGGAAUUGUACAAUCAACUAGAGAUCUCCCACCAGCUCAUUAUACAUUUCAAGUCAAGAAUUUCUCAUUACUGUUAGGGAUGGAGGAGGAAAAAUGUUACUCAGGCCAGUUUGAAGUUGGCGGCUAUCAAUGGAGAUUGGUACUCUACCCAAAUGGGAAAAAAAUUAGCAAUGGGAACGGUCACAUCUCGCUAUACUUGGCAAUAGCAGCUACCGAUGGCCUUCCACUUGGCUGGGAGGUUAAUGCGAACAUAAGAUUCUUUGUGUUUGAUCAAAUCCGAGACAAAUAUAUCUCGCUAAUAUAUUUACAAUUGCUUGUGAACCUCAACAACUUAGAUGCGAGUGGGAGGGUAAGACGCUUCCAUAAAUUGAAGACUGAAUGGGGAUUCGAUCAGUUGCUUUCUCAUGAUGCUCUCGAUGAUUCAUCAAAUGGUUAUCUUGUUGACGACACUUGUGCCUUGAGAGCGGAAGUUUUUGUUAUUAAAUGUAGUGGCAAAGGGGAGACUUUGUCAAUGAUAAAUGAACAUCAAAGUAAUAUUUUCACUUGGAGGAUUGACAACUAUACGAACAUGAAAGAUGAACUAUACUCUGGGCAUUUCACUAUUGAAGGGCGAAGAUGGAAGUUGAGACUCAAUCCGAAGGGAUAUGGAACAGGAGCAGGCACAUGCUUGUCUCUUUAUCUUUACUUACGUGAUUCAGAAACUAUUCCUCCCAACAAAAAAUUGUGUGCAAAAUACAAGUUGCGAGUAAGGGACCAAAUCCAUGGCAAUCACCAUGAAAAGACAGUUGACAGCUGGUUCCCUGAUCGCACCAUCGGUUAUGGUGUCCACGAGUUUUUGCCAUUGAGAGAUCUUCGGGACGAAUCAAAGGGCUACUUGGUAUGUGAUGGUUUGUUCAUUGAAUGCAAAAUCGAUGCCAUUUCCGUUUUUUUUUUUAAAGGAUUUCUCCUCAAAUUAACACUAUGUUUAAAUUGGAGAAGCAUUGUCUAAUUGAAUGGUAAUUGUUAACAAUAAUAGAUUGCCAAUUCUGUCCUCUUCUUUUUCUUUUCUUCAGAUGGGUAUGUAAA